CGCGCCGUUGUUACCAGCGGGUCGCGAGGGGGGAAGCGUCCCUAAGCAGGGAGAAGGCAAGUCAGGAGGCGGUGGCGGAGACCAUCCCCUACCCGGUCCCGAUGGCGUUUAGCUUCAGGAGAGGCCGGAAGGGCCCCUUCAAACAUAUAGCUCAUGGCCUGGUCCCUGCUGCUACCAUAGCUCCUAAACCUGCAGUUCCCCGCACCCCUCCCCCUCGUAGUCCAAACCCUUCUCCAGAAAGGCCCAGAUCUGCUCUAGCAGCAGCUAUCCUUGCAACAACACUAACGGGGCGCACUGUUGCUAUUCCUCAGCCUCGGCAGCGAUCACUUUCUGAAAGUGAUUCCACCUAUGUGGAACAAGAAUGUUUUGAACCAUAUGCGACAGUCACAGAGCUCAGAAUGGGGCCCAACUGGAAACUUGAUGGUAGUGACAGAUCUCCUGUACAGUCCCUGGAAAUAUCAGGCAAUUAUCAUGAAGAUGAGGACAUGGAUACCUAUCUUUCAGAUGCUGACAAAGAGGCAGAGUCCAGCUGUCAGAGUAAUGAGAAAAGGGGAGAAAGCUUUAGCACCAGUGCUAUUUAUGCUGUUCCCUGCAAAAAUAAAAAGGAAGAGUUUCCACCAUCUCCUAGUACUAAUGCUGACAAGGACAAGAAAGAGGUGCCUUCUCAGGAAACUGAGUUUCAGGUGCUGGUGGAUGAGUCAAAUGCGCAAAUAGAAGCAGAAGACCAACAUCUUGGCUUGAAUUUAAAGGAAGAAAAAUCAUUAGCUGAAAAUCUGAUACGUGAAAAGCCUCCGCCAUCCCCAGAUAUGUCUAUUCGGGCAAGGCAAGCAUGGGAAAAUAUGACUAAAGAAAAGUUCAGAGAACUAAAACAAGAAAACUGGUCUCUGAACAAGGCAUACCAGGCUAUGGUCCAACAAUUUGAGGGAACAAAACAGCAAAUGGAAGAACAGCAAUUAAAGCUGAAGAGACUAGAACAAGAAAACAGAAGACUUAAAGAAGCUGCAGAGAAGUCACAUAGAGAAGAGGAGGCUACAGAAUUACUUUUUCUCAGACAACAAGCACAAGAACUGGUAGAUGAAAAUGAUGCUUUGAAAAUGACGGUCCAUCGUUUAAAUGUAGAAUUAAGUCGCUAUCAAACUAAAUUCAGGCCAUUGUCCCAAGAAGAGCAUGUAAAACUGAAAAGUUUACCCAUGAAAGGACCACCACCACCAUGGCUGUUGGAUAUGAAGUAUUUGUCACCUCUUCUGUUGGCAUAUGAAGACAGAAUAAAAGAAAAGGAAGAUUUAAAUCUUGAACAUGAGGAGGAUAUGAAGAAUUUUAAACUACGAGUUGAAGAGUUGGUGAAGGAGAAUGAAGACCUGCAUGAGCAAUUAAAUAAAAAUAACUUUAUUACCCCUGCAGAAUGGCAACAGCUGCAAACUCAGGCCAAGCUGGUCUUGGAAGAAAACGGAUUGUUGAUGGAGCAACUUGAAAUUCAACAAGCUAAAGCAAAAGAUAGUCACAGACAGCAUGUUCAAGAAGCUUCAAAAUUGACCAAACAGAUAAUAAUCUUAGAAGAUAAGAAACAGAGUCAAGAAAAAGAGAUAGCAGAGUACCAGAAACAGUUGGAAGCUUUGCGUUCUACUUGUGAAGACCUGAAAGCCAAACUGGAUAGCAGAAUAGCAGCAGAGGAGCACUUUGCUUUGGUGAAUGAUUUAAAAAGCCAUUUACAACAGGAGCAGGAGAAAAAGCGCUGUGAGGUGGAAGAUCUAAUGGGAAAGAUAGCAUCACUGCAAGCUCAAAACAAGAAACUGCUUUUAGAGAAAAAUAACUUCAUGGCUGACAACAAGAUCCUGGAAACUGAGAUGGAAAUGACACAAAAGACAAACAGGCGAUUGAAGAAGAAAAUAGGUCUUUUGAAACUGCAGUUGGAGGAAGCAGUAGAAAAAGAAGUUGCAGCCCAUCACUAUCUAACAAACCUUAUUGGUUUGGUGGAGAAGAUAGCUCAGGAACGUGAUCAACUUUUUUUUUUGGCCAAAUGUUUGGAAAAUGAGAAUCAUGGUGUUCUCAACAAAAUAGUAGAAGGCAGUCUACGCUUAGGAAGAUUGGAAGAAAAAGUUAAGGACACAUUCAAGACCUUUCAGACUUUGUGAUGUUAGGUGAACUAUACAAAGAAUCCCUAAAUGUGUCUUCUAAGUAUAAGUCACUAUUUUGUAUACUAGGUAGCUUAUUCACCAGAGUUAACAGUGUUUGCAUAGAAAACAGGAAUUAUAACCAAAAUUGAAUGGAAACGCAUUCAUCUUACUGAUAAGGAAACAGCAUUAGAAUCAAGUAUUCUUUCCCCCAAGUUUUCUUUUCACAUACCUGAGGUGGUCUAUAUGCACAGGAAAGAGAGACAUGCCCCAAUUUACUCUGGCUUUUGUCCGAAACUGUUUCAGUUUCCUCAUACUUCUCUACUUGGUCCUAACUGUGAAAUUACUUACAGGUAGAUUAUUUGCAUACUCUGCCACUCAUACAAAAGUACUGCUACAAAUCAGAGAAGAGAUGAAUAUCCCCAGUAACUUUGGCCAUAUAUCUCAGGCAUUCUGAACCACCUGCCAAGUAGAACUUAUCUUUCCAUCACUGCUACAAAAUCAUCUAUUCCCAAGAUCUCUGUAACAAACCCAGGAAACAAGGUCUCCUUAGGAGACUAGACAGAAUGAUAGCACAGUGCCUACCCUGUGUGACUGACUCCGUGUGGCUUGUUUUGGGCAUAUGGAGUAGUAUCAUAAACUUCUCUACUAAAAGCUACUGCUUGCUAACCUAUUUCAGUGUAUGCAUUUUAGAGGUAUUUUCUAAUAUGCUUUAGUUAGCAGCAGACACUGUCUCCAUCACAGCAGAUUAAUUUUUUCCUUGCUUCAUCUAAAUCACUGUGCCCAACUCUUGAGUGAUGUCUGUGAGGAUGACCAGCAGCUAGAAGUCACCUUUGGUCUCCACGGAAACAUGCUUUCAUCUCUGGCUUUUGUCUGAGUUGAUUAUACUUAAGCAGUCGAUGGGAAAUGGAGGACUGCAUUAUUUCAGCGUGUUUUCCAAAGAAUCAAAACAGAAAGAGCAUAGUUUGCUCUUGCCCUCUGCAUCACAGUCAGAACAGACAUCUGGUUUUCCAUAAUCCUGGCAUAUAACUGCAGUAGAGAGUCAUGUAAUAGCGACAAACCCCAGAAGUUAACAAACAUCCGAAGUUGUAAAAAAAUUAACACCUCUAAGACUUUCAACAAUACCCAUACCUAUUUCCAGAGUUGAGCAAAGACAUGAGCCCUUAAAAAAAAAGCUUAUAUAAAUGUAAUGUGUUUUUCUUGUAUGCUAUUCUUCAAGGAUGAUUGAUUGUUUUAAGUUUUGUAUGUUGGUUCCUUAAACCUCUUAAAAAGAACAACUGCUUACAGGUAAAGAUCCUAAAGGAAAAAUUUUUAAGCACAGACAGCAGUUUUAUGAACUCAAAGAUUCUUCUUUUAAAAAAGUAGCGCUAGGUUCCUGAUAGACUAUAUUUUUGGGGGUUUCAAAGCCAAAUAAUAAAUUUAGAUUGACAAUUUCUGAAUAAGAACAAGUGACCACACUAAACCCGUCUAAAGUACACUUGGUAGCCAAAAUAGAUAGUUUGCAGAAAAACUAGAAUCACCUUAACAUUGUAUGUAGAAAAUUCCAAAUUAGUAACUAGAAACCAAACUGAUGAGUUAGAAUAAAGCCUCAAAUUUGUCACAACAACAAACUAAAGAGUCACAUUUUCUACAGCAGGAUUUCACAUAAUUACAAUUCCUAACAGGAAUGGAAUUGGUUUGGGUUUUUUGUGUGGGGUUGUUUGGUUUUGUUUUUUUUUAACAACCCUUCAGUUGUACAAUAACUACAGAAAUUUGAUUUGAUUGCUGCUAUCAAUGUGUAAUCUCUAAAAUAAGAGAUUGCACAUGACAGCUGAUCACUAAAUUUAUAUAUUUUUAAUGGAUUCUUUUUUUUUUUUGGAAGUAUUAACCUACCACAUCUGAGAUGUACUUGUACCUCCUUGAGGUAGAAGAAACUGCAUAUAUCACAAAGUUUAGCAAGUUACUUUGUUAUUAGAGCUUGAGGAGGAGGAGGCUAGAAAAUCUCUGCCAGGAGAGUGGUCACAUGUUAUAAAGCAAUGGAAUUAAGAGUAAACAUUUAGCAUUAGCACAUUUAAGUACCUUUUAAAGCUUCAGGUUAAGUGUAGCAAGAGCAAGUAUUUCCUAACUGUUGCCUUGAUGCUACGAGCCCAGUAUUUGAGUUAUUCAUCUGUCCUACUAUUGUAACAGUGCUCUGUUUCAUAAAAUUAAUAAAACUAAGUCAUUGCUGUGGUGCUCAGAAAAUGGGAAAUUCAGCAUUGCCAAAUCUUUCCUCAGCUCUCAAAAUCUUGCUAUUACCAGGAAAAAUCCCAAUUUCUUAAAAAGAAGUUUCUAGCCUUCUUGGUUAUAGAGAUCUUUAAAAUUUGACAAGUUCAACCUACAAGUUAAAAAACCAGGAAGAAGAUUAAACAAGUAAACUUGAGGCUUCUCCUGUAUUUAUGCAAGUUCAGUUCUAUAUGGGAGUAGGAUACUUCAUCAUACCCCUCUUUAGGGUAGGAGAAGAGAAUUAAGAUAGAAAUAGGUUAAAGAUAAAUAGGCUAAAGAAACAGAAUAAGAUAAAAAUAGGUUAAAGAAUAGAAUAAGAAUAAGGAAAUAUCCUGUAUAAGGUGAUUUCUUUAGUGUGCUACUAAAUUUUAAGAUAAUUCCAGCUUUAA